GAUGUCUACCGUCCUGAGCAUUGCCGGCCCUCGCAUCACGUUCACACACCAGUGUGUCCCUAUCGUGUUCCCAACCAUGACCAUCGGCUUUCUUAUAGGGCCUCUCAGCCUAGACAUCCUGCUGUUUAGCCUCACGAUGAAGAAAUUCUUCCUGUCCAUGCGUGACAUCCGCGCACCACCAUGGGUGACCCGAUUCAUGCAGGACGGUGUCUGGGCUUUCUUGCUCCCCCUUUUGAUUGCCCUCGUCAACAUCGCUUGCAUGAUGUUCUUGCAUUCUGCAUAUUCUUCCGUCGCGUUUUCGUGGUCUAUUGCGAUUCCGGGCUUUGCGGGCUACCGCCUGAUCCUACACCUCCGCAAGUGCGCGCCGCAGGACCGUUCUUUGUCGGAGACGGGCGGCGACAUCGAAUUCGACACGAUCGCCAUCACGAAUGGCACGAGCGAAUCAGAGACAGUUGUUAUGCAUAGCGAGUAUGUAUCUAGGAGUCCCCCCAUCGGCCCAUAGAACCACCGGCCCUAUGAUAUCACCUAUCCCGCUCCAUACACAUGUUCGCCAGGCAUCUCCAGCAUAUACUAGACCCCAUGCAACUGUACAUUGUAAGCUACGCACUGCACGCCAUUUCUUAUAUAUUAUCUCCCGCCGCGGUGCGACUUAGUUGAAUCUAGUGUAUUUCUACAUAUCUUUAUGUCGUUCGUCUUAGUCUUCGUCUUCGUGUUUCACUGUACAUGAAUGUAUUACGCUUGCGCCGCUGG